GAUCAAUGAUAAAUGAUUUUGCACCAUACGCAUCAUAAUUUUUAAAAUUCUUUAAAAAAUACUUAAUACAUUUUCACUAAUAUUACUGUUUCUUUGCAGGUUGUUCCACAAAUAAGAUAAAGUAAUGGAAGAAAAUUAAACAACCAUUAAAGAAUUAUGAACUUAAUACAGUCAUGCAUAUAUAUAUUAACAUGGUGGCAUUAUGAGUAAAUCAUUCCAAACAGAGCUGAAACCACCAGAGUGUUCUCAGUGUAAGAACAGGACAGAGUACUACUGUAGGACAUGUAAACAAGAUUUAUGUGUACCCUGUAAGGAGGAACAUGUGCUAGACUUGGACACCAAACACCAUGAUGUAGUGAUUGAUCGCUUAAAGUAUGGAGACAUUAUUUUACGAAAGACUUGUGAGAGACACCCAAACAUGGCCUGUGAAAUGUGGUGCCUUUUGUGUAAGCUUCCUGUUUGUUCCAACUGUGUGUGUGUGAAGCAAAUAAGUCAUGAAACUCAGGAUAUAAAGUCGAUUUAUAAACAUCAGUGUGAACAGCAUCAGGAGAGAAUUUUUCAUGUAAAAAGUGAGAUUAUGCUGCAUAAUCAUUGUAUCCAGGCAGGCAUACGUUCCGAUUUUAGAUCUUGUCAAACUGAAAUCUCCAAACUCCAGGAAAAUAUGAUUAUCAAAGGUAAGAGACUUAAGGAUUGGAUAGAUGAGAUGGUAGAGGACAUUAGGGAAAUAAAACCUUACUUAAAUUCGAUACAGAAUAACCAAAGGAGACACAUUAAAUCCAUACAAACAUGUGAACAUAGGUCUGAGCAGUUAGCAAACAAAGCGAUACAGUUUCUGUUAUUUUCCAAGAAGAACAGCUUUUACAAAAUAAAUGACACUCUUAGUGCAUCAAUUAUAAAAGUUCACGCUCUGAGCAAGAAUAUCAACAAAGAUAAUGUUUUUAAUUGUCUGGGAAGAAUCCAAACUACAGAAACCAGAAAAAGACAAGCAAGAAGUGAACAGUUGUUUAAAGUGAUAUCUCCACCAAUGGUACAGAAAACUUUCAAAGUAAAGCCUACAUGGCUUCUAGAUAAGGUCAGCCUUCAUAUCUCUUGUGUGACACCAGGCAUUGCCUGGGUGAGUAGUUGGAACAAUUUAAACUUGACAGACACAGCGGGUAACAAUGUACUUUUUCUAAAGGAUAAAUGUAACAACAAUGGUGUGCACACCGUGACUAAAGAAGGCAGUCUUGUGUACAUAGAUAGGGAAUAUAACAUCAACAAACUCUCAUUAAGCAAUGAAACUAAGUCUACACUGAUGAGGGUAGUGGAACCUUGGAAGCCAUAUUGUAUUUACUGCUCUCCCUCAAAUGGAGAUUUUCUUAUUGGGAUGAUGAGACAGGAUAAAUAUAUAGCCAAGGUUGCUCGGUACAACAAUGAAGGUAAAAAACUUCAACACAAUCCAGGGCAAGCGCUGUAUGUUAAUCCGAGAUAUAUCACAGAAAACCAAAAUGGAGAUGUGAUAGUUUCUGACUUGAUUAAUAAUGUCUUUGACUUAGGUGUUAUAGUGGUGACAGACUCUUUAGGAACACAUCGAUUCUCUUACAAAGGAGAUCCACAAGCAUCAGAAUUUAAACCACAUGGAAUUUGUACGGAUGCUCUAUCCCACAUCCUUGUUUGUGAUGCUUACACCAAGACCGUUCAAAUGAUUGACAAGGAUGGUCAGUUCCUGGCAGUGCUGCUGACAGAAGAACAGGGAUUAGAAUAUCCAUACAGCCUGAGCUAUGAUUACAAAUCUCAUCUCCUGUGGGUCGGAUCAUUAAGGAGCACUACAAUCUGUAUAUACAGACAUAUAGAGAGACAUGGAUUUCUUAAAAAGACAAUUAGUGGAAGUUAAAACAAGGACAAGUACACCUCAGACAAUAUCAUAUCUUACAGCCUACCUCUCACAACUGUACACUAGAUUACUGCAUAUAGACUAAAGAAAAACUCGAAAUUUUCCCAGAGUUCAGUAACCUUUUGACAUUAAUAUGAAACUGAGUUAUCUAGUAUAUUUCUUGUUAGCC